UAAAUUUUAACAUUGUUUAGUUGCGAUUAAAAGAUUACAACAAUAAAUUUGUUUUUAAUUUGUGUUGCUGUAUAAUUAAAUAUUUCAAAUGUAGAAACUUUAUUUGAAACAUUGUGCGUUAUUAUUGUGAUUAUUGAAAAAUGCGGUGUUAUUAUUGAUAAAGAAAAAUCAAUUACAAACAAAUUUUACUAUGUAACAAAACUUUGGGAUGUAAAAAAGCUUGUUUCUAAAAAUCAUGAAGAGUUAUUAUUAUUUUCUAAUAAGAUACAUCCAUAGUUGAUAUUUUAAAUAUGAAGAAAGUGUUUUUAUUAAAUUAAUACAAUAGUGUGCUAUAAGCCUAGAAAAUGUUGAGAUUUUUAUCAAGACGUAGAGGUCGAGGCGUCGGUGGACAAAAUACAUCUUCCCAGAUUAAAAAUCAACGAUUGUUAAGCAAUAAGAAUAUAGUACAAUGUAGAGUUGUACUGUUAGAUGGAACUGAUUUACCUAUUGAGUUGUCGAAAAAAGCAUUGGCCAGUGAUUUAUACGAGCAAGUUUUUUAUAGUUUAGAUUUAAUAGAAAAAGAUUAUUUUGGUCUACAAUAUACUGACAGCAAUAAUAUACAACAUUGGUUGGAUCCAACUAAACCAAUUAAAAAACAAGUUAAAAUUGGCCCACCAUACACUUUACGAUUAAAAGUUAAAUUCUACUCAUCGGAGCCUAAUACACUUAGAGAGGAAUUAACUCGUUAUCAAUUUUUUCUUCAAUUAAAACACGAUGUUUUGGAUGGUAAACUUCAUUGCCCUCAUCAAAUUGCUGUACAAUUGGCAGCUUUAUCUCUUCAAUCCGAAUUAGGUGAUUACGAUCCUACAAUGCAUAGUGCAGUGACUGUUUCUGAAUUUCGUUUUGUCCCCGGUCAAACGGAACAAAUGGAAUUAGAAAUUUUAGAAGAAUAUGGAAAAUAUAAGGGUCUAAGUCCAGCUCAAGCUGAAUCAACUUAUUUGAGUAAAGCAAAAUGGUUAGAUAUGUAUGGAGUGGAUAUGCAUAUAGUAUUAGGGAAGGACGCUUGUGAAUAUUCACUUGGUUUAACGCCAACUGGUAUUUUGGUAUUUGAGGGAAAUCAAAAAAUUGGAUUAUUCUUUUGGCCAAAAAUUGGACGAUUAGAUUUUAAAAAGAAAAAACUUACACUCGUUGUUGUUGAAGAAGAUGAUGAGGGUCGCGGUGAACAGGAACAUACAUUUGUCUUUCGUUUAGCAAAUGAAAAAUCAUGUAAACAUUUGUGGAAAUGUGCCGUUGAACAUCAUGCAUUCUUUAGACUUCGUGCACCCGUUAAAGGGGCAAAUGGCCGACAAAAUUUCUUUCGUAUGGGUUCACGUUUUCGUUAUAGUGGAAAAACGGAAUUUCAAACAACACAAUUGAAUCGUGCACGUCGUACAGUGCAAUUUGAACGUCGACCAAGUCAACGUUACGCAAGAAGACAGAGUCAUGUUUUACGUGAGCGUCAAAGACAGCAGGGUGAUUCAAUUCAAUCAUCACAACAGCAACAACAACAAACACCUCCACAACAGCAGCAGCAACAACAACAACAACAACAACCGAUAUCCACAGGUGGAUCAGAAGAGGAAAGUAUUCAACGUCAAUCGAGUAGAAGUAGUACAAAAUCAUCGAAUUCAAGUAUUCAAGGAACAUCAUCGCCUUUAGUGGAUUCACUAUUAAAAUCAUUGGCAAAGGAACAACAACCAUUAGAGGCAAGAAAUCAAUCAACAAUUGCAACAACACAGAAAGAGACUGAAUCAAUGAAAACAAAUUUAACUAUUGAAAAUAUAAAUAAUCAACAAACAUCAAUUGUGCCAAACAAUCAAGUGUGUGGUGCUUCCGCAUUACCGCCUCGUACACCAAUUCCACUCGAGUCACUCAAGUGCAAUAUACUUAAGGCAAAAUCAUUAGAAUUGGGGAAAAAUUCAAAUUUAGUUUCAAUAUCGGCCGCUGAAACAUUAGCAACGCCUGAGAAAAUUCAACCCACUGAUGCUGCUACUAUCGUUGCUGUGGGUGGUGACAAAUUGACAUUAUCAGUGAGUGGAACAACACCAACUCCAUCAAUUGAUGAUACCGUAACGGUAACACAUUUUUCCCUCGAUAGUUGGGGUAAAAUAGAACAAAAAACAACGCCCUAUAGUCCAAAAGUGGUGAAUCAUGCCCAAAAUCCAUUUACAAAUCCAUUUAUUAAUAAUACAAAUAUUGAAGUACCCGAUGGUGUUGAAGAAUUAAAUAAUCAUGAGCAAAAUAAAGAAAAACAAAUCGAUGAAGUGAAAACAAAUACAAAUCCAUUUAUUGAUUCAAAUCCAUUUUUGGGACUACUCAAUCCAUUUAAUGAUGUUGUUGGUUUUACACAAACGCAAAAAGAAUCGAACAACACUGGCAGCAGUCCCGUUGAACAAACGGCUGAUAUUGAAAAUAAUGACGCUGAAUUAGGUAAUGCAAGAGUUGUUAAAACAGAAGAAAUUCAAACAACAACAACUACACUUACGCAUAAGGAUGAAAAUUCAGCACAGGACAUUAGUCCCUGGUUAGUUGCGGAUCCAUCGCAAUCGCCAACUUCCCAAAGUCCAACAAAGCACACUGUAAUCACAAGGAAAACAGUAAUUACAACACAAUUGUAAUUAGAUUACAAUUAUUAUUAUUAUUAUUAUACUUUAUAGAGAAUAUUUGUGAGUUAUUUCGUCAUGCGCUUUUUUGCAUUUAAAAAGAAAAAAAUGGUACUUAAACGUAUUUGCAUUUAAUAAUACUUCAAUUAGAUAUUGAAGUAUAAGGAUAAUAGGAACAAAAGAAAAAAAAACACACUGUGUUUUUUAAUUUAUCAAACUUAUGAGAGAAUUUUUUUUUUUUUUUAAGAUAAUUGAUAAUUUUCGUAGAAGCUCCUUUUUGAUACAAAAACUAUUUACAAUUUAAAUACAUUUAUAAUUAAAAAGAAAAGAAUUAAAGACAAAAAGUGUGUAAAUCUGUGAUCAUGAGAUUAUAAUGGUGGAUACUUUACGAGGCAAUAUAAUAUAUAUGCUCACUUUGAAUCUUUUUCAACUGCUUCAAGACUAUCGUACUGUCCACUUAUAAGACUUUAAUGCGUGUGCCUUAGGAAACAUCGACUUAUUUUUAAAACACGAUUCUACAGACUGUUUAAGUCAUUCCAAAAAAAAAAAAAAAAAAAUUAGAAUUUUAACUGUCCAUAAUAAUGAAUGUCUCUGCAUUUUUUUUUUUUAUAUAGAAGGAAAGGACUUUUUAUUUCGUAUAACAAAGAGCAAUAUUAAAAAAAUAAAUUAUUAUUUUCUAUUUUUUAUUUCUAUUUCAAUUGAUAAUUAGAUUUUGCAUAUUGUAGAUCUUUUUUUAAUUUAAAUAAUACGUUUCGAAGAUGGCUUUUGAUCUUUAUGAAAUUGAAAACAAUUUUUAAAAUUCGCUUUUCUUUAAUGACAGAAGUAUUUUGUCGAAUAAUAAUUGCCAUGUGUUAGGAAUUAGGCAGAAAUUUUCAUAAAAAGUAGAUUUUAAAUUAUUUUUUUUUUUUCAAAGUAUUCAUUAUUUUCCAUUGUCAAAAAAUUGUAAUUUUUAUUAAAAAUGAAAUGAUUUUAAAAAUUAAUGAUUAAAAAUUGUUUACAUUUUUUCUGAAAUGAU